AAUCUUUAUUUUAUUUAAAAUAUUUAUAUUGAUGUUACACAUACUUUAAAAUCAUAUAAUAUACAUAUAAGUACAUAUAAAAUGAUUUGAUACUCACUUAGAAUGCAUGUCAAGCUUUUUGUUUUAUGUAUUAACAAAAGUUACAUCCAAUGUUUUUUAAAAAUGACGAAAUUAAUGUUUAUUUAUUUUUACAUUGUUAUCUCCAAAUCUAUUAAUCACUCAGUCUAUUAAAAAUAAAAAAAAUCGGUUAAAUAAAAGUUAUAAUUUCAAAAUCUAAAUAUAAGAAACCGUUCCGAAAUAACCGAACCUGAAUUAAAAAUACAUGAACCGACCCAAAAUACAAAAAUACAUGAACGAGUUUUAUAUCUCUAUACCAAAAUACCCGACCCGAACUGGUACUCGAACUCCUAUCCCUAGCCUAACUAACGACGGAUUGUUUUCCUCACAGGCUCUCUCCUCUCUGGAAAUAAUAAGCUUAUCGCUUGAUCCCAUCUUAGGGCAAAACUUUGACUUUCUCGGAAACAGCAUGCCGUUUUCUCGAGAAUUUAUUGAAUUCCCAUAAACUCGGAAUCAGCUUCUGGUCAGUCUCAAGUUGGAAAAGAUGGAUAGCAAGAUUAUCUCCAUGAUGAAGGACAGCAAAGAUGGGUCCAAGAGCAAGAGAAUGAAUCUUUCACAGAGAAAACUGCUUGCCGACGAAGAGAUGUUGCAUCGACGAGCUCUGUCCAUGGCGAUUCAUCAAGCUCAGCUUUCUCAGAUAUUCGACGGAUCCAUGUCUAGACGGGCCAGGUCUACAGGCACCAGGAAACAACGGACACUCUCUGACCCGUUUUCUAAUGGCAAGCAGGUACCUGAUUUUUCAUUGGAGGUACCUGAUUUUUCAUUGGAGAGCUUGACAGUAAAGAAGUUAUACCUGACGUGACGACAAUGUUGAGGGAGAGACUGUUGCAGCUUGGUUCCGCAGAGCGGUUCAUGAAAGAGUCGCAGUUCUUAAUCUAUGGUAACGGAUAAGACAAGCCUCCUACAGGAUUCAUGUUUUAGAAACAACACAUGAAAGGGCUUGUACUUUAAUCAAUCAUCCAACAAGGUACACUCCAAAAUGCUAACUUAGUGUUUGCAUUUGGUAAUCAUUGAUAAUUGAUUCUGGUUGGUGGUUUUCAGGAUUAGCAUUUGCUAUGAUGUCGAUGAUAGGGAUGUCAACUGGAUUGUCUAUGUCCAAAUGGGUUUGUCCAGUUGGACAAUCUUAUUUAUUGGACAUGAAUUGUCGAAGCCCAAAUAAACACCGUCCAAAUAAGACCAAUCUCAAAUAGGAUCAUAACGAGAUGGAUUAUCCACCGAGCUCAAAAAUAUCAAUUUUAUAUUUUUUUUGUUA